AUGAGCUCCUCGGCCCUCCAGCAGUCUUUUCCGCUGGGGACGUCCGCAAUCAUGCCGGGAUUGUCUGCCGGGGCCGAGAUGGAGCUGCAGAAGAUGCUCAUGGACGAGAGGACCAAGUGUGAACUCCAUCGAGGCAACUAUGAGACACUUAAAACCGAACACACCAGCCUGCAGGAGGAGUUCAUCCAGGUACAAGAGGAGGUACGGCAUCUGCAGGCUCAACUCGAGAGGCUCCAGUUGCAGUUAGCUGAGCGCACAAGAGAAAUUCUGGAAAAAAAGAGGGAGACGGAGGAGCUCAGACUGCAGGUGAUGACUCCUCAGCGUCUGGAGUUGCUCAGAGCUCAGGUGCAACAGGAGAUGGAGGGUCCAGUCAGAGAACGCUUCGGCAGAUUGGAAGAGGAGGCAGAGAAGUACAGGUCAGAGUUCAACAAGCUGCGUUAUGGCUACACUGUGCUCAAUGCACAGUUUGAACACCAAAAGGAAGAACACGCUCGUGUCGUGGAGGAGCAAAAGCUGCGCUAUGAGGCCGAGAUUGCCCACCUGGACAAAGACAAGGAGAACCUAAUAGCCCAGUACCAGAAUGCCGACUCUCAUCACGAUAGGAGACAAGUGGAGGUUCUGCUGAGGGAGAAAACCCAGCUCACCUUGCGCUCGAAGGCUCUGCAGGCAGAGGUGGCCGAGCUGCAAGCUCAGAAGGACCACUCGGAGCAGCAGGCGGAGAACGUUCAGCGGGUUCAGAACCGGCAACUGGCGGAGUCUCAGGCUGCUCUGAAAUCUCUGGAGGCGGAGCGUCAAUCUUUACGCUCGCGAUUGGAGCGGAUGGAGAGCGAACUCCGGCUGAGCCACGAACAGAACAGUCAGCUCACUGGACAACUGCACAAAGCCGAGAAGCAAGUCGACGCUCUGAGCGGACAGAUCGAAAGCCUGACGCAUUCCCACAAAAUGGAGGUGGCCAGCGUCAAACUGGAAUGUGCCCGCUCAAAAUGCGAACUGGAAAGAGAGAGAGAUGCCCUGAAAGGUCAACUGGAAGGCCUGCAGACAGACGUGGAAGUGCUUAAGCACGCCGUGGAGAGACACAAGGAGAUGAUUGUGGAAAAAGAGAGGGAGGUGGCCAGGAAGGUGCAGUCGGCUCGUGACGAGGAAAUCUACAAAUCAGCUGUCUUACAGGAGGAAAGGAUGGAGUUGGAGCACCGCCUGGCUGAGUUGGAACAGCAGAGGGCGCUGCAGGACACCAAAGAGCAAGCCCAGAAAGAAGAGUGGGAGGAGCAACUCCGCAUGGCCCAAAGAGGAGAAGAAUCUGUUCGCAAAGAACUGCAGACCCUGAGAACUAGACUAAAGCAGCAAAGCAUCCAGCUUGAGGAGUUGGAGAGACAGACGGUCGCGGCGUCAAAUUUGAAGCAGAAAAACGAGGAGCUGUGUGCAGAGCUGGGCACGUUGUCGCGCUCCGAAGCCGAGUUGAUGGAAGCAAAUCUGCGCCUGAAAGCCAAAGUGGACGGAGUGAGGGAGGAACUGAGGACUGCCCGAACCCAAGCUGAGAGGAGCCAACAUGAGGCAGAGCGGCGGGUGGAAGAGAAUCGAAUCGAGUGGCUGGAGGAGAAACACAAGCUGCAAGAGAGAAAGGUCAAGCUGGAUGAGAAAUACUCGCAGCUCAAAGACAAAAUGAAGAGGGCCGCAGUGGCCCAAAAGAAGAGAAGAACCCAGACGGAGAACAAAGAGAAGAGCUUGCAGCAUAAGAUCCAACUGUUGAAGGCUCAAAUGGAGGAGCUGAAACUGGAAGCUGCAGCAGCCAACAAACGUCCACUUCACUCCGAGGAGCACGCUCAGCUCCGCAGAAGAAUGCGAGAGCUCCAACGGAAACACAACGAGUUCCGUCGCCUCCUGCUGGCCGACCAGGGCUCAGCCUUCAGUUUCGGACCCGCCGUCCUCACCUCUACGCAGAACCCAUUCGGCGUCACGGACGCGGGAUCAAACGUACCGGAAGAGGAGGAGAUGGUCCAACUGCGUGAGAGGCUGGAUGAGCUGGAAAAAGCGCAGCAGCGGCAACUUGAAGAACUUAAUGGGUGUGGGUGAACAGCAACAAAACAAUGUACAGCAACAAAACAAUGUAAUGUAACAAAAAAAAAAAUGUCUUUUAACUUUUCUAUUUUUUAUAUUCACUGUUUACAUUCUAUGAACUUGAAUUUUGUCGUCGCUGUUAAAUGAAAUCUGUCAUUUUGAGAUCAUUUGAAUCAUUGGCGAGUACAGUGAUCCCUCGCUACUUUGCGUUUCGUUUAUCGUGGCUUCACUACAUCGCAGAUUUUUUUUCCAAAUUAAAAAAACAUUUAAAAGUCAAAAUAAAACUUCUAAAUUGAGGAAACGUGCCCAAACUUUAGGACAAUGUAGUAUUGCUCCAAAUGUUCGUUUAAGUUCCUUUAGAAGUCCGUUUUGGCGAAUUAGCGUCUUUCUGCUAACUCGUUAGCCUGCCCAGUACUUCUUGUUGGUGACCGUACUUUGCGGAUUUCAAAAUCAAAGUCUGCUUUAUUGUCAAUCUCUUCACACGCCAAGACACACAAAGAAAUCGAACGUUUCCACCAUCCCACGGUGACGAGACAUAGUACACGAUAUACAGACAAGUAAACAACACAAAAUAAAAACAAGGACAAACAAUGAAUAAUAAGAGUGAUGAAUAAACAAAUAACACAAUAAAUAAGAGGGUGGUUUUUGGAAGCAAUUAUCCGCAAUAAAUGAGGGAUUACUGUAAUCUUAUGUCAUGACAUACAGAAAUAUUGGCCUAUUUUUACAGCACUUGUCUUUUACUUAUUUCUGGUGUCUCCUUUUAAAAGUCCUGAGGUUUAAGAUGUUCAGAGAAAUGUCUUAGGCAUAAAGUAUUAUGCAGACCUGGUCUGCCUUGAUGAUCACAAAUAAAGUAAUUAAAAAAAACA